GGACAAGCUACAACAACUGGACCACAAACAACAACUGGACAAGCUACAACAACUGGACCACAAACAACAACUGGACAAGCUACAACAACUGGACUAGCUACAACAACUGGACCAGAAGUCGGUGGAAGGACUAGAUUAUUCCAAGAAAAAAUAAUCGAUAUGGCUGUUGCACAAAGUGGAGAAAUUCUAGUGAUGAAACUUAACCCAAUGUCUCUACAUGCAGUGCUUUUUGAUGCUGAUUUCGAAAAACUCAUAGAUUUCGGCGAAACUGAUUACGUUCGUGUAGGAACCUACUUUGAAGAAUCAACGUCUAAUAGUAUAUUUCUGGCUAGUGCCGUGAGAAAAACCUAUGAUACAUUAGCUGUUUCGGGGAAUUACAUCGGAAGUGAAGACCUGGGUGAUCCUACGCUCGCCAUAUUCGAUGUGGCCAUCCUUCCAACAGAAGAUCCAGGGCUCAAUAUCGUAGUGUUUAUAGAUGUACUUACUUCUACUUUAGAAAAGUUCGAUGGUAUUGGAAGCGUAACUGUGCACUCAUUUAACACUCCUAUCUAUUUGGCAGCACGCGGAAACCUUACCGUAGUAAGUGACUCCGAAGACAAUAUCGUAAUCGGUUUCUACAUCGAUAGAUUUACGCACUACGAAGUCUUUAGACACAGCGUAGAUAGCCUAAUUAUUCUCAAGGAUGUCUGCAUAGACAGCGAGUUCAAUGUAUUUAUAGCAGAAUACACGAACUCCAGGAUAGUUCGUCUGGACAAUUCUGGCAAAAUUCUUGGAUUAAUCCCCGUGGCGGAGAGACCAAUCGCUGUCGCCAUCAAGAGACAAGGAGUGUUGCUUGUUGGAGAUGAGGCUGGGUACAUCAACACGAUUCCUUACUAGUGUGGUGUUUCAAAUACAGUUCGAAGGACCGCAAAGUGUUUGUAGGAUGAAUAUUGGGAGUUUUUCAUGCAUUUCGCUUGUGUUUUUAAUCCAAAAAACAUCAAUACACUUUGAAACAUUUUAUUGAGUAAGAUUGCAC